UGCCACCGAGUACCCAUGGCCGGGCCCGCGACGCUGGAGGCUGCCGCUCUGGCGCUCUGCUUACUGCUGGCGUCCCCCGGCCUCGCGUGGUACAAGCCGACGGCGGGGCCGGGGUACUACUCCGUGGGCCGCGCCGCAGGACUGCUGUCCGGCUUCCACAGGUCACCGUACGCACGGCGCUCCGAGUCCCGCGGGGGCACGCGAUCCCUGGGAGGGGCCGGCACCUUCCGGGAGAUGCACCCCAACCUGCGGAGUCUCGCCGUGUGCGUCGAGGAGGUCACCCCCAACUUGCAGAGCUGCGAGCCGCUCCCCGAUGGCCGCGCCACUUUCCAGUGCAAGGCCGAUGUCUUCCUGUCGCUCAGUGCCUCGGACUGUCGCAGCAAGUGAGCCCCGACCCCGGCACCUGGACCCAGCCUAAAUGCCCAGGGCACCCGCGGGCCCGCCCCCGUCCUGGCGCUAGAUGGCACCCAGCACCGCCUA